UCGACGAUAAGAAGUGCUUUUUAUAUUUUGAAGUUUUAUAUAUUUAAUAUAUUGACAUGAAAAUAAUCUAUUUUGUGUAUAACAUAAGCUUAUUUUCAACCUUAAUUAAUGGUGCAGAUAUUUUAGUAAUAUUUCCAACGACAGCUCAAAGUCAUUAUCGUAUAGUUCGUCCUCUCAUUCGUGGUCUUUUAGAUAGAGGCCACAAUGUAUUGUCUAUUACAAACUUUCCAGAAAAAAAUGAUAGAUCAAACUUAACACAUAUUAACAUAUCCGGACUGAAGUCACACACAAAAUUUGGAGCUAAAAAAGUUUCAAUAGCAAGUUUAAUGGUUCGUAUGAUAAAUACUGCCAGUUCUUAUAAAAAGAUUCUCGAUUUUCAACCUGUUGCAAAUUUAUUGAAAUCAGGACGAAAAUUUGAUUUAGUGAUCGCCGAAAUGUUUACCACAACACCAAUCUUUGCACCAAUUGCUUCAGUUGUAGAUGCACCUAUCAUUGGAAUAAAUCCUAUGGUAACACUACCGUGGGCUGAUCAAAUAUUCGGUGUACCAAACAUAGUUUCUUACAUGCCGAAUAUCGCAAUGAAUAUGACAGAUAUGAUGUCAUUUUAUGAGAGAAAUAUAAAUAUGGGAUUUAAUAUAAUUUAUCAUGGUUUAUUAAACUGGCUUUACGCACCAAACGUUCAAAAAAUCAAUGAACAAUUUUAUGGUAUUAACACUCCAACACUAUUGAACGCUAUGGCAAAUAUCAGUUUGAUAUUAGUAAAUUCGCAUCAUAGCAUAUAUACUGCUCAACCACGUGCUCCAGGCAUUGUCGAAAUUGGAGGUAUUCACGUAUUAGAUGCAAAACCCAUUCCGCAAGAUUUAAAAGAUUACAUUGAAACCUCUGAGUUUGGCGUUAUUAUAUUCAGUUUAGGUUCCAUUGUGUCUGCAGAUUCAAUCACUCGAGAAAAACUUAACUGUUUAUUUUUCGUUUUUUCUAAACUGAAGCAAAAAGUGAUUAUGAAGUUUGAUUCGAAAAUCAAUGUUACAAUACCUUCUAAUGUAAAAAUUAUUAAAUGGUUUCCGCAAAGAGACUUACUAGCUCAUCCAAAAGUGUUACUGUUUAUUACCCAUGGAGGAUUAAUGAGUAUAAUUGAAACUAUUCAUUGCGGCAAACCUGUCGUAGGCAUCCCUAUGUUUGGUGAUCAACCCAUCAAUAUAAGAUUUUUAGAACAAAAAAAAGUUGCAGUGUAUGUAGAAUAUGAAGAUUUAAACAUUGAAUAUUUUUAUGGAGCUAUUAAAACUGCAUUAUCUGAUAAUUUCAGAAAAAAUAUGAAAAAGCUUCAACUGCAGUAUUUUGAUCGACCUCAGACUCCGUUAGAAACUGCAAUUUAUUGGGCCGAAUAUGUAAUUCGAAAUCGUGGAGUAUCGCCCAACUUAUUAAAAACCAACCAACAUAAUUUAUGUUGGACUAAAACUUACUUACUCGACGUAGUUGCUUCUUUAAUUUUUUUUAUAACUUUAACAUGUUAUGUUACAUUUUAUGUACUGAAUAAAAUUAUUAUAAAUAUGCGACAAUGGUUUGAAGACUCAAGCAAUAAAUAAUUAUCUUAUAAUUAUAAUUUUCAGUACAUUUGACUUCAGGUAAAUUUAA